CUCUCCUCCUCUCCCUCAGCUGUAACAGAUACACCGUAACGAGGCUGAAGGCGCGGAGCAGUGAUAAUCUCUUGUUUGGUUUCUCUGUGAAGCCUGCUCGCUGCUCCACAGCUCUCCUCUUGGCUCAGAGACGUCUGACAUUAUUGGACGUCGUCACCCCAUGUCCAAAAGUGUCCCGGCCGGUGAUUGGCCCGCUGCGCUUUGGAUGUUAUUCAUGCGCCUCCGGUUGGUGUGUGUGUGUGUGUGUGAGAGAGAGAGUGUGUAAGAGCGUGUGUAUGUGUGCAUGGUGAUGCGAUGUGAGGACUUUGUGAAGAUCCGACUGUCAUACAGCGGUGAAAAGCUCUGGGUGUGUGAGAGCGGUGCGCAAUAGCAACCAUAGCCAGUCUUCUAGUAAGUCACCGACCAUGACGCGCCGGAGCGCCUUUACGCAAGCAGGAUGUCCACACUUUGCGAAUAAUUACAGCAGCUAGCAAUAUUCCGGAGAUAAAAUAACUAUGUUUUAGUGCUUCCUGUAGUCAUAUUUUGGAUACAAACACAGGCCCACAAAGUGGAAGUGGAUUGAGAGAAUAGAAGCCACGUUCUUCAGAGAAGCAGCGAUGGAGGAGCAGCGGGAUCUGCACAGCACGGAUAGCAGCGAGGGAGAGAGCGUGUCCCCGUCGCCCAGCCUGCCCUCGCCGCCCAUACUGCCUCUGCAGGUCGCCCAGCAGGCCCACAGAACCACCAACUUUUUCAUAGACAACAUUUUGCGGCCGGAUUUCGGUUGCAAGAAGGACCACGGCCUGGGCCCGCGGGAGAGGGCGCAGACCUCCGGCCGGGAACGCGUCCACUCGGUGGUCAGCAGGCCGAGUCUUCCCGGGACGCCGUGCCAGGACUCCAACUGCAGCAGUGACAGCACUUCGUCCUCCGCUUCCUCCACCUCUUCGGCGAGUCCCAAAAAUAGCAACGGCAGCGGCGGAGGAGCCGCAGCCGCCGCCGCAGCCGCUUCCACCGGCAGCAGCGGCGUGAAAGCCGAGGAGAGGACAGGCGGCGGGGCCGGAGAGAACAACUCCUCCUCGCUGGUGGUGCUGAACGGCUCCGCGGCGCCGACACCGGAGAGCCAGCCGCUGCUCUGGCCUGCCUGGGUCUACUGCACCCGGUACUCGGACAGGCCCUCAUCUGCAGGCCCAAGGACACGGAAACUGAAAAAGUCGAAAAGCGGCAAAGAGGACAAGCGGCCGCGCACGGCCUUCACGGCCGAGCAGCUGCAGAGACUGAAGACCGAGUUCCAGGUGAACCGUUACAUCACGGAGCAGCGGCGGCAGUCUCUGGCCCAGGAGCUCAACCUCAACGAGUCCCAGAUCAAGAUCUGGUUUCAGAACAAGCGGGCCAAGAUCAAAAAGGCCAGCGGCUUCAAGAACGGGCUGGCGCUGCAGCUGAUGGCGCAGGGACUGUACAACCAUUCCACCACCACCAUCCAGGAGGACAAGGAGGACAGCGACUGACCCCCCACACACACACACACACACACAUACACGCGCACACACACACACACACACACACUCUGUACAUUGUAAAUAUAUAAUAUCUAAUUUAAUGAUGAGAGCGUGGAGGGGAGGGAGGAGGAGGAGAGGUGGGGGCUGCGCAGGUUUUGUCAGCAGCUUCUCUUCUUCUUCAUCUCCGUCUCCUCCUCUUCAAAAGAAGUGACUCUACAGCAGCAGAAACUCUUGGACUUUGACCUGCCACCGCAAAAACCAAAGAUUUUAUUGGAAACCAGAGCCUGGACGAUUAAAAACAAACAAACAAAACAAAACAAAACAACAAAAAAAAAAACAAUAAAGAGAAAAAAAAAAGACAUCCCACAUUUAGCUCAUUUCUAUUUCCAUCUGAGCUGAGAGUGAAAUGGACCCUCUUCCUCCUCUUCUUCCUCCUCCUCCUCCUCCCACAGCCAUAAUAAGCGCGCAGCGGCUGGUGUUUCUGGGCAGAUUCACUUCCAUCCAGCUCAUGUUGCUGCUGCUGCUGCUGCAGCCGCAAAACUCUUCUUCUUCUCUUAAAUGGUUUUUUUUCUGGACCAACGGAGAGCUGCAGUAAUCCUGCGGUGCGUUUUUACACACAAACAGAAGAUAAACAGUCUGUCAGCAGCGGGAACGCGCAGUAAAUCCUGGCGGGAAUUAUUACACAAACACUUGUGGACGCUGAGGUUUAUUUGAACAAGUUCGCACACAAUUAAAAAAAAAAAAGCUUCAUGCGAUCAUAAUUAUAUAUGAUGAUCCCAGUAUUUUAUUUUGAAAUGACAUUUGAGUUCAUUUAUUUUAGGGUCAAUGAGAUAAUAAAAUCAAAUCUCUCAGCAGGAUUUUGUAGAGAACAUAAAUAAAAUGUGAAAAAAUACAUAUUUCUGCAGGAAUGUUUGGGGAGACGAGAUUUCUCAAAUAAUUUCAAAUUAUUUUUCCCACAAAAAAUAAUUAAGCGCUGAUAUGAUCCUUCAUAUCUCAGAGCCCCAAAAAUUAUUAUGACAGAAAUAUUUAAUUAAUAGAUGUUAAAGAAUAAAACGACCUCACAGCGCAGCAGCAAGCUCAUUAAACUCCUCACUCCAAGUUUAAAUAUUAAAUAUUAUAAUAAUGAUGUUAAAAAAUACGUAAAAUAAUCCAAAUUGAUCCAAAAAAAAGACAACAGAAAGUUUAAAUUCUUAACGAUAAAAUAAGACGUUUCUUUCUAUUAUAUUCCAAUAACUUCCUGUUUCUAAGCUCGUGAUGUGAUCAUUGAUUUGUAUCUAUAUUCCUCCGUGUUUACUACAGGAUCACUGCAGCUCUCACACACAUCUCACAUCUCAUCUUUUACACCAAAGUGAGAAUAUUUUGGCGCCUCUGUGCGUCAUUUCCUCCGGUGUUGCCUUUUUUUUUAUUUUAGCAGGUAAAACACAACAAACAGCAUCAGACAGUCUGAGAGAUACAUGUCAUCAAUACUCA